AUGGAUAUGACUGUUGUAAGUCUUGAUGACCUCACCUCUUGUCUUGCUGAUGACAAAGAGGGGAAGAAAGACCUAGCUGCUGCUAGGGCUUUGCAAAAGCCGACCGUCAUCUCAUUUGUGCGUAUACAUUCACAUAAAGGGGAAAGUAUAGAUAAGGCCACAGAGAGUUGUUUGCUUGAUUGGGGAGUAAAAAAUAGUUUCACCAUCACAGUUGAUAAUGCAUCAAGCAACGAUAUUGCCGUUGGGUUCACUAAGAAGAAGGUGGUGAAUUGGGGUGGUUCUUCUACUAGGGCAGGGUACAUACAUAUGAGAUACAUUGCUCAUAUUCUAAAUUUGGUUGUACAAGAUGGAUUGAAAUUAGCAGAUACAUCAGUUAAGAAGAUUAAGGAUUGCAUUAGGUGGGUGAAGGGUUCUCCAUCUAGGUUGAAGAAGUUUAGAGAACUUGUAGAAUUGCUUGAAGUGGAAGAGAAAAGUUCCUUAUAUCUUGUUGUUCCAACAAGAUGGAACUCCACCUAUAUGAUGCUUCGAACCGCAAUAGCUUACAGACAAGUUUUUGAAACGUAUGAGAGUAGUGAUAACGCCUUCACUUUGGAUUUGGGUGAUUCUGUGCCUUUAUAUGUUCAUUGGUUAUCUGUUGACAGCAUGGUCAUAUUUUUUAAGACAUUUUAUGAGAUGACAAUUAGAAUUUCUGGCUCACUUUAUGUCACCUCAAAUUCUUUCUUAAUCGAGAUUUCAGAUUUGAGUUGCAUUAUUGCCGAUAUGUUACAAUCUAAGUCGAAAGUUGAAGAGGAAAUGGGUGGUAAAAUGAAAGAGAAGUUUAGUAAGUAUUGGGGUGAUCCGGAUAAGAUGAACUUCCUUAUAUUUUUUGGCAAUAUAUUGGACCCUAGAGACAAGGUUGAGUACAUGCAAGUCCAGCUUAAUCAAAUGUAUGGUGAGGAUCAAGGUAAGUCAUGUUUUGAAAAGGUAAACUCUAAACUAAAUAUGUUGCCUCCUCCACCCAUUAAGUGUGAGAAUGUUCCUGUUAGAAGGGUACAAUCUAGAUUAAAGAGCCAACUAAAGAAGCAAAAGAUGGAAAGUGGGGCUUCACUCAGCCAAAAGAGUGAACUCGAACAUUAUCUAAGUGAGUCGACCAUAGAUGAUACAAACGAUUUUGAUAUUUUAAGAUGGUGGAAGGUUAGUAGUAAAAGGUUUCCUAUCCUUUCGAAAUUGGCUAGAGAUGUACUUGUUGUUCCAAUUUCAAUUGUGGCAUCUGAGUCAACUUUUAGUACUAGUGGCAGGGUCUUAGAUAAUUUUAGAAGUUCUCUAUCUCCUGAAAUGAUAGAAUCCCUUAUAUGCACACAAGGCAUGCUAAGAGGCCCUAGUCAGCCAAUUGCAGUUGAAGAAAACAUAGAUGAUAUUGAAAAGUUUGAGAAAGUUGCUGCUGUCCCUACAACACCACUGGAUGCUGAUGCUCAAGUUGAAAAGGCUGAAGAAAAUGAAGCUGAUGCCAUCACUUCCCAUGAAGCUGAAGUUGUUGCUGAAGAUGAGGAAACUGAUGAUGCUAAGCUGAACGUUAAAAAGCAACGAAGCUGA